UCGUGUGCUGAAAUAGAGGAUCAUCUUUUUUAGCAACCCUUUUUUCUUUCUUUCUUUCUUCUUCUUCUUCUUAUCAAUUUUUUAUUUGUAACAUUAUCUGUCAGAUCAGAUUAAAUAAAAGUACACCACCGAGGUUUCUGCCUCAACCUUCUAAUCUUGUUCUCCUCAUCAUAAGAUGCAUAAUAUUAUAAGAUAAGAGAGAGACACACACAAACAUAGUUUUGUUUUACCUUCUUCCUCUCAGUUUCCUUUCCCUUGUUCACAAAACCAAAAUCUCCAUGUUUCUCAUGAUUCCCUUAUAGAAACUCAAAAUCUAAGAAACACCCUUGAAUUAUUUCUCCAAAGAGUCUAGAUAUUUGUAAAAAAAAUGAGAGACAUAGUUUCUUGUUUCAGUGAGAACGCAGUGAAUGUGGCUUCUCAUUCUUCAUCAUGUUCUAGCUAUUCUAACAACGCUUGCAUCUCUCCAAGUUCAGCACCUUCAAUCCAAAACUCAGUUUCUAGUGUCUACAAGCUAGUUCUGUCUUCAACGUUAAAGCAGUUCUUAAUCACUGUCACAUGGUGUAAGAGUCACUCCAAUCAAGGACUCAGCAUAAGCUUUGGUGAUGAUAAUCAUGACCCUGCACCUGCCCCUGUACCCUUCAGACUCAACACCAAUUCAAGGUUUUUCAGGAAGAAGAAAGGUAGCAAGUUGCUGGAUUCUUCUGAGGAAAAGAUUGAGAUCUUCUGGGAUCUGUCAAAUGCGAAUUAUGAUUCUGGACCUGAACCUGUUGAUGGGUUUUACGUUUUGAUUCUGGUUGAUUCAGAAAUUGGUCUUGUUCUUGGUGACAUGGCAGGGGAAACAGUGUCCAAGAAGUUCAAAAUCAACAGCCCUGUGGCUAAGGUUUCACUAUUGUCACGGAGAGAGCAUUGUUCUGGAAAUUCUCUUUACACAACCAAGGCUCAAUUCUGUGACAGUGGAACAUGGCAUGAUGUUUUGAUCAGAUGCAGUGUGGAAGAGAGUGAAGGGUUGUUCAAGUCCCCUGUUUUGUCAGUCUGCAUUGACAAGAAGACAGUGAUCCGGGUGAAGAGGUUGCAGUGGAAUUUCAGGGGGAAUCAGACAAUUUUUGUUGAUGGGUUGCUGGUGGAUUUGCUUUGGGAUGUUCAUGACUGGUUCUUCAAUCCAGCUUCUGGGGAUGCAGUUUUCAUGUUCAGGACUAGAAGUGGAUUGGAUAGCAGGUUGUGGUUGGAGGAGAAGAUUGCACAGAAAGAUAAAGACAGAGUUGAAUUCUCCUUGUUGAUCUAUGCCUGUAAGACUUCAUAAGGAAACUUGUUUAUCUUAGUUUUUUUAACCCUCUUACUAUUUUUUUUUUCUUUCUGUUUCCUUCUUCCUUUAACUCUUAAUUGUCCUUUCUUCUUGAAAGGAUACAUACUCAUUCAUUUUUAUCAUAGUAUAGAGAGAGAUAAGUUAGAGUUUCAGAAAUUUGAGUUAUAGCAUGUAACUGAACUAUUAUUAUAACUUAUGGCUUGCAUUUCUCUCUGUAUAUUGGAUAUCAACCAAAAAUAAACAUGUAGUCAUAGGAAGAAAAAA